GGAAGAGGAGGGACUGUAAAAGGUACCAUAUGAAAGACGCGAGGUGUUCAGACGUGUUCUCACUGCUCACCGUGGAUGAAGCCGUUUUGCUGCGUGGAUCUAACAUCAGAUUUAUAUCCAACAAUGCUGCUGAUGCCUUGGGAAGAACUAAUCUUAAAUUCAAUAUGGAUGUAGAAGUCGUAGAUAAGGUCAUCUAGGACGCGUAAAUUUUUUGGCACCGUGCGUAAAAACUGGAUACUUUUUUUGGUAAUCAAUAUUAAGUGACGCACCAGACUCUUUCUGGUAACUUUUUUCCGCAUUAAGAGGGUAGUGUUACAGUGCUGUUUCCUGAUUCAGCACUAGGUGAUGGACAGCUCACCGGCUUUGCGCGCGGACGGGCUCGUGGGGCACAUCUAUCCAUGCUGACGGCAAAGUUAAUCAGCUUGAGUAUCGUCAUACUUACUCCCCGCCCACAGAUAUAAACGCAGCUGGACUAACAGUGGUGCUGAAGUUGUCCUGAUAUGCCUCCCAGCCGCGAAGAUGACAGAGUUUGCUCACACAUCACGGUCCCGAUGUAACGUUGUGGCAGUGGAUGGAAACACCCCCAUGCUCUCCGGUGAAGGUGGACUUCAAACAGCCAGAGUGAAAAAUGGGACUAAACCACCUGUUUAUUGUGGGGACGGCUGCUCUCUGUUUGCUGCUCUGGAGUCGGUCAGGUAAGCGCUUUUGAACAUUGCCUGGUGGCUUAAGCUUUACUUUACCCCAAAAAGUUAAUGAUGAAGCACAAUUUUCUACAAGCUGUCCCAUUCUGUGUAACAGGGUAGCUUUUUAAAAAAUUGAUCAACAUGGCAUAUAUUAAGGGCCUAAUACUAAAUGCUUAUGGCCAAAAAUAAUGGCAGCAAAUAGAUAGAGCGAUAGCUUGAACACUAUUCAACUGUGAAGGCACUCUGGGGAUAUUCAAUUUUGUAGUGAUAAUUUUGUACAAGUUAAUCUUAAAAAAAAAAAAAAAAACCUGAGCAGAGAAGCGAGAUAGCUUCUGCUGUCAGAGUUUCAGAACUUUAAUCUCAUGAAUAAAGAAAUUAACAACAACUGUGACAAUGCAAGUGGAUCAUUGGAUGGUGGAAUAUCAGAUAGUUGAUUUUUUUAAAAUAAUUAAUCAUUAAUUUACUGUACAAGGAAUUGUGUUUUGUAUUUAUUGAUAUGAAUCUCUGUUCAAAUUUGUUUUACAGUUUGCUUCUUGGUUCAACUUCCAAGUGUUGCUUUACAUUUUUCUCCUCACCUAAAGGAAGACAGAAACUAAUUUGUCCUGAUACAUAUUGGGCACUUUUUAAAGAGGGUAAGACCUUGUAGUGGACAUAUCAGAGGGGAGAGCUCAGGCUGCCGUGAAACAGGUGUUGAAUCAAGGACUCUUAUGAGAGCGUUUUUUUUUCCUUGAACCAAUGAAAAAAGGAUUUCAUGCACAAACUUGACAACCUUCUGUAUCUUGUUACAUACAGUGCGAGUGCGGUAUGUGUUUCACCACACAGCCUACAUCAUGAUAUCAAAGACUCCUCCAUGCCUCCAGCACCCGUCUUUACAUGCUUCAUCAAUAAGAUGUGACAGCGCUUGAUUUGGUGCCAACAUGGUUUGUAUAAUGACACUGACCCAGUCCAGGUUUCUGACUUGACUUGACUUAAAUUUUAGUCCACUUGUGCGAAAAUGUUGCAUGUUGAUUUUUUAUUGAACAUUUUACUCAUCACUAUUUGACAGCCCAAUUUCACAAAAGUGCCUCUGGCCCGAGAAGCUGCUGACUCGAUCAUCCAAACUGGUCAGUGUUUCAUACACCUCGCCAAGGGGCUUGGCCACACUCCAACAUCCACGGCCCAGCGUGUUGGCUGUUGGAGGUGUCAUCUCAUUUCAAGUCUCCACUGGCAGGAAGCUUUGAUCUAUGGCACCCAAGAGCCGUUUUUUUCCAAGCACCACAUCUGGUACUUCCCAGGUGCGUGGCCAGAUGAACAUGCACCACCCUGGCUGUCAGGAGAACAGAUAAGACGUCUCUGGUGCCUGCUUGUUUGCCAGAAUGAAAUUAGUGCAUGAUGGCAGGGGAUGAGCUCAAGUGUUCCUCAGUAAAUUGGCUCUGAAGUCAUACAAUUAACCACAUCUAUUGCCUCUUCACUAAUGCUAACACAAUUACGCCUUGCUUAAUGGUAUCCACAGACCCUCUUUUUAAAGACAACUGUUACAUGGACUCUUUCCAUCUGCAUACCUGUCAACCCCCUUUUUUUAAAGACCCCCAAGCCAAAUAAUUAGCAUUUGCAAUAAAUCAUUCAAACAGAUUUGCAUGGACUAUGUCCCUCAGGUAAGCUCCAUGAAACAUUAAAGCACCCCGUCUGGCUAUCCUCCACAGUUUUAUGGUUAUAAACGGUAACUGUGGUCAUCUGAACUGCAAUUCACAUAUAGACAGUUAUUGAUGUGGCCUUGGGUAAGAGACCAUGACAGCUAGCAGGUGCAAGUGGUCCAAGGUCUCAUUUUAAGAUCCUUGACAAAGCCAUGCUUCAUUAGGGUUGCAUUUUACCCCUACAGAGUCAAACAAGGACCCAAAGAAGUGGGUUUUGAAAGCCUUACAGUGCCCAAGUAUUUGAGUCAAAUUCUGAUUCUUAAAACUUCUGUUGGGAUUUUCCAUUUCUUAUUAAACAGGCUAAAAUGAAUAUUGAUGUCCCAUAUUGACCUAAAAAAGCAAACGUCACCAUCAAGACAACAAGACUGACCAUUUCUAUAAAGUUAUUAUGAUUGUUAAAAACUGCUGUCAGGGGGUAGGAGUCAAACAUCCUUUGUUUACAUUUUCUAAGCUAGUACUUGCAAUACUAAAAAAGAAAAAAAAAGAAAAAAAAAAGAUUAGCUACCACACAAAUUUCGUCUACAGGGGGUGCCAAAAUCUACACAAGGGAAAGUCCCCUUACAGGAGCUUUAAGAUUUGGUUGAAUUGAUUGCUCUUCUGAGUUUGCAUGUAUUUGCUUCAUUUCUGUGGGGAGGUUAUUAAAUUAGCAAAGACAAACAUCUUCCAACUGUAUGUUAAACUAUUACUACUUGUCAUGAAUUGGUUAAAAGUUGUCCAAUGCACGUUCGCAUAUAUCUAUAGUUAGAGAGAUACUCUAAUACAAUAGAAGCCAAAGGUGUAUUUAAGAUACUUUAGGGGUAGUAUUACAAUUACAAAGGCUUCAGGUCAGCAUUCUGGACUGCAGGUCUUGCUUAAAGCUCCUGUGAGGACUUCCCUGACAUCUAUGGAGUAGACGGAAAUUCAUAGUUUAAGUCUUUUUAGUUCACAAAAGCAAAAAAGACAUUCAGCAACAAGACUGUUGAUACUUAUCUCGCAAUUUUCAUGCCUGGAACUGGGGGGUCCAACAGGGCAGCUGUUGUACCAUUUCAACAUAUAUUAUUUACAAUAAACAUCUGGCUGUCAGAAGUCAGCAAGAUGUUUUCAUCUGUUUUUAUUUUUUCCCCCAGAAGUCAUUACCUAAGCACGUAGAGAACAAGAUAAGCAAAGACUGUUUUGUCAACAAGAGUUGGCAAAAUUUGCCAAAACCCCAAAUUCCUUACAGGAGCUUUAAUGGUGCAGUGUAUUACUUAAUGGCUGUUGUGUAUAACAUUUAUGGGGGUUCUGACAAAAAGUUGAGAGUCCAAUCAAACACUCAAAUAUACUUCCUCACAGGAAGUCCCAUCAAGAUAACUUAUCGACCACCUACUUGAUAGAUAAACAUUGGACCUUGCACCAACCAACUUGUUAUAUGACUUCCUCUUUCUGAGUAUGGGCUUCUUAGAAGAAAAAAACAUUUUUGAACUGAAAGUUGGACCAUUAGCUUCUCUGGAUUUGUAGAAUAUUAGACCUGGGGUCCGUUUCACGUAGCAGGUUUAGUGGAAACUCCGAGUUUGUUAACCCUGAAAUCGGGGAAACUCUGAGUUUUCCGUUUCACAAAGGAGGGUUAGUUAAACCAGGGAGAGAGGGGUAACUCUAACCUGUUUCACAAAGAGAGGUAACUCAACCUCGCGGUCAGUUACCACAGUAACAGACUCCGUGAACCUAACCUGCUCGGGAGCAGGUUUAACUCAGUAAACCCAGAGUUUCAGGUGAGACAUCGGCAUUUUCUCAUUUUGAUCAUGUUUUACAUUGUCAAGUAAGUAUUAAGUGGCAGUUUGAUCUCUUAAAAAAUGCUCUUUUCACACUCAAAACUGAAUUUUACUCUCUUAUUAUGUUCCGUUAAAUGAUUAAGAAUAUUAAACUAACACAAAAACGGGUGGUGGUCCAGCAGCCCCACCUUUAACGGAGGCAGAGGAGCACACACACACACACACGCACACCAGUCCGACGAUCGCUGCUACGGGAUGGGGGUUUCGAUCGUCGGGGGGGGGGGGGCAGCUCCUCUGCCUCCGUUAAAGGUGGGGCUGCUGGGCCACCACCCGUUUUUCUGGCAUCUGCCCUCUUUCUGUUUGCUGAGUGAAAGUCUAAUAUUGAGUGUAGUGUGUGUUAGUUUAAUAUAUGUACAUAUACAUACUGAGAGUUAGUUUAAUAUUCCUAAUCAUUUAACGGAACAUCAUAAGAGAGUAAAAUUCAUUUUUGAGUGUGAAAAGAGAAUUUUCUAAGGGAUCAAACUGCCACUUAAUACUUACUUGACAAUGUAAAACAUGAUCAAAAUGAUUCAAGCAGUUUCCCUGCAACAGUCUGUCAUUGUGAUUGCACGAGACUAGAUUUAAAGUUACGCAUUGACGCGAGCAGCGAUUUCCUCCCAAGCCCUCUCCCUCUCCUUUGCAGCUGCUGCUGUAUUGCACUUUCUUUUACAAACGUGCUGUAAUUCGCUGUUGGCUUGCUGCUGCCCCCUCCUUCUCCCUGUUUCCAUUGGUUGAUCAAUGAAUCUGCGCUCCACAGAUGCUGGCUGUUUAUGUCUGGCGUGCACGUGCUUAACUCCAGGUCAAACUACUCGGAGUUGUUAAAACCGUCUCAAAUCAGGUAUUGUGAAACCGGAAACUCAGAGUUUCCUAACUCAGAGUAGAUCAACUCAGAGUUAAGGAUUUAACUCAGAGUUUGUUGAACCACCUACGUGAAACGGACCCCUGGACAUGUAAAUAAUGGUGUCAUCUGCAAAAGAGUUGAAUUCAGCAAUUAGUGCAGAUUUGUGGAGGAUCACUGAAGAAGAUUUGAAACAAUAAUGAACUUAUGAAGGAGCCAUAUGGUGCACUUCUAUCUGUAUCCUAUCCUAUCCAUAUUCAUAACAUUUCAAACCUAUCAGUGCUUCACAGGUAUCUUUGAAUAUAUAAGUAUGACAGAGGGUAUGACAUAACAUGAGAGGGGAUUUUUUUAAACUUAAUUUCUAGACCAUCGGGGCCAGCACCCCUGCUCUAGUUGAGUCCAUCUAUGAUCUGCUGAGUAUCAGUUGGGAUAAUUCUACUGAAGGAAAAGGAGUAACCAUCAGGACUGUUCACAGUGAUGAUAUAGAGAUGAGGGGGAAAAAAGAGCCACUGUUCUUGGAGAAAUGCAGACUAAAGGCAUAAACAAUCAUAGAGGAGGUCAAAGACAAUCUAAUUAUUGACUCUUGCAUUUGUGUGGAAUUUUUGAAGAUCUAUUAAUGCAGCUAUUGAUUACGUAUGAAAAUUAUUGACUGUAAAAUAUUAAAUAGAUUUAACAUUUCUUGUUUUGGUCUUACAGUUGUUCUUAGUUUGUUUUUCAGUCAGCUGUAUCCGGUGUGGACUGUAAUUUUUCGCAUGCCUUAUCCCUUAUCCUUACCUAAUUAGGCCAGCGUUUAUCCACAGUAAAUAUCUACCUCUGACUUUCAUUGUUGUCCAGGCAGCAUGUCUGUUAAUUGGUGUCUUUUGUAAGCUCUCAGUAAACAUUAUCAUUAUUGUGCAACAAGGGUAUUAGUUUAAAUCUAUCUUAAUUGAUAGGAAUUAUAUCUUCAAUUUAAUGUUCACUGUUUCUAAGUACAGUAAAAGAUAAGAAACAUGUUCAUUAAUAUGCUUGAGAGGUAUUUGGAGGAUUUUGAUACAUUUUCCUUGCCAGGCGUGUAGUUCAUUCUUUUGUAUGAUGACUGGAUGACUAACAAAGGUCUAUACUCUAUGACAGUUGUUUUGGCUAAUGUUAGCUUAUGUUAUUUUAAGUAAGCCCACAGAUAACCAGAAAGUUAUAGAGUAAUGCCAUGAUGGUAUCACACUGUAUGUACUUUGCCAACCAGAAGGCACCUUUUUUGUUUCAGCUUUUGGCAUUCCACUUGGAAUAAAACUGGGCUCAAAUUCUUUUGUAAAUGAAAUGAGGGGGACCUAAUAAUAUAUAUAUAUUUUUUUAAAGUUAUGUUUUCAGUGUUUCUGUAUGUAAAAAUCCAAUAGGAGUGAUAUAUGAUUGUCACAUAUCUUAACUCAAACGACUUUUCAAAAACACAAGAGUUAUAAACAUGCGGUGGAAACAUAAACAGAGUUCACCCUCUGCUCCCUCUGGUGAAAACUGUUGGUUAAUUUGUUUAAUGCAUCAGUUGUAGCAGAGUGACAGACAGCUUGACAACAAACACCCUUCACUGGUGAGAAAUUAGCUCACCUCCACUUAACACAAGCAAGUAAUGAUGUGUGUAAUUGACUCUGACUACCUGAUGAAGGUGGGAGCGGUAAUCCCUCAGGGACGGGAUUCCUGUCAGUUUCCAUGCUUUUUAUUCUGCUGAAAAACAAACAGUCUGGACCGGAGCUUGUACCUAAACCUGUCUGGACUGCAUAGUCAAAAUGAGUUUGAUUGUGCAACAAUUGACUGACUGACAUGGUUGUGACAUGUUUAGAGCUAAAUAGUGGGAUAUGUAGCUACCAGAGAGAGAUAUUCCCUCCGCCUGCUUCACCCUACUCACUGUGAGAGGUCGACCCACUCAGGGAGCCCAGAUCAAGAGAUCAAAAGAUCUGCAACAACUUGGAAAAGUCAAUAAGACUUGAAAAAGAAAAGCCUGAGAUGUUUGGGGUGGGCCUCUUCUGUUCAAACAUGAGCUGUUCACAACCUUAACCUUCACUCUUAAAAGCUACAUAUCAUCAUGCCAGCCCGAUUUACUACAGUUUGUUGAGUGAGGAUUAGAAGAGACUUGGGUGACUUAACAGGGUUGUGAUCCAAGCUUUAGAGCUACUUACACCUGUCCUUUUCUGUGAUACUCUCUUUUCAUUAAUUGUUAUAUUAUUGUAAAAGUUAAAAUGCUUCAAGCUAAUUAAACAAAGUUAAAACAGUCCUACAAUGAAGUCUCUUUCACAUAAUCUGAUACUGAAAAAAGGAUUCCACUUUCAUUGUGUAAUUUCCAUCACCCACACAGUCUGUGUCCUCUAUAUAGAUGUUUUUUUUUUUUUUUCAACAUAAAACAGAGAUAAGUUACUUGAUUAAUUAAAAUUGAUAUUCUCUCUGAAGUUCUUUGUCAGGAGAAGACCCACUCGCACGCCGAGGAUGACCUCUUCAAGACGCUGUUUGCUGGUUACAACAAGUGGUCCAGGCCCGUGCCAAACAUCUCGGAUGUGGUCAUUGUCAAGUUUGGACUGUCUAUAGCACAGCUCAUAGACGUGGUGAGUAGACUGUUAAUGGCAUGUUUGAGUUAUUUCAGUGACUUAAGUUUCUGUACGGAACUUUUAACUAGAUUUUAAAAAGUGUCUCGCUUCUCCUGAUAUAUCUGUGUCACCUACAACAGCAAAUGAGUCAAUCGGAGGGAAGACAAGAUAUUUUUCAAUAGUGUAACUCCUGCUUUCAAAAUUUGUUGGUCUGGUUUGCCCACUAAAGAAACGAUUAACCCCACACAGGCCAGAAGUUACGGCACUUAGACAGAGACACAAGGGGAGCAGUGAGUUGUUGCUAAGCUAGCCAGGGAAAACAGAGCAAAGACAAAUAGCUACUGAUGAUGGGAUGGGGUCAUAGACUGUAUAUAAGAUGGACACCGUGGUUCCGCCUUCCGCCUCUAUACAGAUUUGAAGCCAAAAAGCUCUCGGUAAUUCCGGGUUCCUUGAAACCAGAGCUGUGCAGUAGCGUUGUGCGCAUUCGGCUGCGCAGUCGCCGAGAGUCCCUGUGAUGACGCUCGGGUCAAACAGCGUAUUCCCCCGGAAGAGCUACGCAAUCCCUGAACGCCCAUAGGCUAUACCAGGUGUCAAUCAUAGAAAACAUGAACCCCCUAAUAACUUUUAAAAACGGAGCUGUACAGAAAAAAAAGGACUUGGGCACAAACCAGUCUUACUGUAACUAUAUGUCAACAUCACAACCAGGGGGGAGAAAAAUUUAUGUUCUGUGUAAUAAAUUUCUAAAGUUUGUCCACAGUCCCAUUAGCUUUGCUGGUGGAGGCGGGAUUUAUGACCUGUACUGCAGCCCACCAUCAGAGGGUGCUGUUUUCGGAGUGGCUUCACCCAGCGAGGAGGCAGACUCUGUCCAUCUUAUAUACAGUCUAUGGAUGAGGUCCACAAAAGGAAAACAAAAACAACAACAAAAAAAAAACAGAGCAAAAAGGGAAUGUGAUCGAGCGAGGGCAAAAACAAGGGUAAACAUUAAUAAUUUCUUUGCGAGGUAAGGAGAGUUGCAGGGCUUGACGGGAUUCAAGUCGGAUCCUGAAUUUGCCAAAUUCCUCCUAGACAGGUAACGUAAGCAGCGCUUUUUUUACACUGUUGGCUUAUUGAUACGAAGAUAAAACAUUACCAAGGAAAGCUGACAACUUUAACUUUAUAUACUAAUCUAUAGCCGAGUUAUCUAAUCUGUUUGUUGUAGGUGUACUGUUACAAACGGGACAUAACUGUAGACUAAAAAUACAAGCCACAAUAAUACAACAUUUCUUCCUUUCACCAGCAAAUAUACCCACAUUACCUCAUCACUACACAUCCUGCAGAUAGACAAAAAAAAAAAACAACAACAGAAAAAUGUAGGUACCGGUAAGUUAUGUGUCAUUUUAUUCGCCUCCUAAACAACUACUUGCCAGACCAAAGACCUUGUAUGUGUCUUCACGAUAGUACACACAAGGGCUCAUGGGAAAUGCAGCCAUAUUUCCGGCAAAACACUACUGCUUUUGUCCACAGUGGCCACCAAACACACUACGCACGUACCUGAUCUCUUCCUGUAUGAGCCCCAUGAUUACAAAUGUUUUUAUCUGAAAUAAAAUCUUCUUUGUCUCUCUAAAACAGUAGCCAUAAACACUAGGUGCAUUUCACAGGCACUGUAAAUGUAUUACGGCUGCAACUGUUGUUUACAGAGCAGUAAAGAAGUUCUGACAGGAUCUAUUGUUUGGUAUAGGCAACAGCAGAAUAAAGAUGAUGAAUGAAUGUAACAAAAGAAAGGUGGAUCAUAAAGUAAAGAUUACAGCUUAUAUUUCCUGUAGGUUUGUUCAGAUUGUCCAGAUGUUUAGCAAGAGCCUGGUAAAAUGAUCUCACUCCUCUGACAGCUUUUUCAGAUUGAUUACAGUACGAACAUCUUUUACAGCCCUGCUAAAGGAAAAGGACAUAUUACUGGCUGAUUGUCAUGAUCGAGUGUUGGGGGAGAUUGAAAAAUGACAAAUGUUGGGGGGAAAAAAGUUUGGUUUUCAAAGUUAAUAACACCUUUUCAAGGUCAAAGGUGAAUCAUAUUAACCUCACUCGAAUUAGACCAAAAUAUAAGGUAAGACAACUGUCACCCUUUCCACCCUGACAAUUUUACUCUAUAUGAUAUCCUUUAACAGCAUGUUUGGCAUUUUUAUGUACAGUAAGAAAAAAAAAAUAAAGAGAAUUCAAUAUUGCACCCUCUUCCCUGUCACAGUCGCAGAACACUUUACAUCCAUCAAAGUACUGAAGUAAAGUUGCUGCAGGGUAUUUUUGGGUCUGCUCUGAGAAAAACUCCUAAAACCUCUCAUAUUUAUUCUUCUGGCCCUGAACACAGGGCUGACAGCUUUCACUCGGUCUCUCUGUCUGUCUGUCUGUUCACCAGGAUGAGAAGAACCAGAUGAUGACAACCAACGUUUGGCUUAAACAGGUCAGAAAAUUCUCUUUGGUGUGGAUUUAUUAUUCAUGUGUUUGUAAUACCGGGUGUUAAGACUAUAAAAAUCUAUCUCUACAAUGCUCAUGGACUGAAUUAUUUAUAUUGCAAUUAGGUGAGGGAAUACAGCUUACAUGAUUAUAUUUGCUUUGCUGUUUCACAGGAGUGGAAUGACUACAAACUGAGCUGGAGACCGUCUGACUACGACAACGUGACGUCCAUAAGAGUGCCGUCAGAGCUCAUAUGGGUCCCAGACAUUGUCCUUUACAACAAGUAAGUGCAACAUUAGACUUACAGCAAACAGGACAAAGGACCUCAUCUAAUGGACUGUGAUUAAAAUAGUCAUUUUAAUCAAGUAGUCUUAGGACAGAUGUAAAACUCUUUGACGUAAACAUAUACCCCAGUAAUCAGCUUUUCUCCACAGUGACAGAUCUCUUUUACUACAUGGCUUAUGGUGAGAAGUUGGCACCAUCUAGUGGACAUUAUAAACCUUCUGCUGUAUUUAUAUAUCCACAAAUAACACUGGAUGAUGUCACAGGCAUCUUAUUAAAAAAAAAUAAUACAACCUAUAUACCUAUCUUUAUGUGCUGGGGGUCUGUUCAUGUAGGAAACACUUUUUAAAUACAGUGUCAAAGAUUUUAUACGACCUUUUCCUUUUUCUGUAUUUGCCUCAUGGAGGAUUAAUCCAGAGCGGGCGGAGGGGUUGGGGGGAUUGAUAGAGUUCUGCUCCAUGAAGCCAGUUUUAUCACAAUCUGUAAAUGAAAUUAAACAAGGUGUGUAACUGAUGAAAUGAUAAGAGCUCAUGAUUAGGUUUCCAGCUGAAGCUGUUAUCACCAUUAAAAGGAUGAAAGGAGGGGAGAUGACUGGAAGAGAUUAUUAUUGGGGAAUCUUACUCCUAUGCUGCAUAGUUUCAAAGGGAUAAUAAGAUUUUUUACUUAGCAACAGGGGUGUAAGAACUUCUCACGAUGCUGAUAUGAUCAUUUAUCUGUGGCGUCGGUGUCACUCAUACAUCCUCGUCUGCUUUUUCAGUGCUGAUGGUGAGUUUGCCGUGACCCACAUGACCAAAGCUCAUCUGUUCCACACCGGUAAGGUUCGCUGGGUUCCUCCUGCCAUUUACAAGAGCUCCUGCAGCAUUGACGUCACCUUCUUCCCCUUCGAUCAGCAGAACUGUAAAAUGAAAUUUGGCUCCUGGACGUAUGACAAGGCAAAAAUUGACUUGGAGAAGAUCGAAAACACUGUGGACCUGAACAACUACUGGGAGAGUGGCGAAUGGGCCAUCAUCAAUGCUGUGGGGACGUACAACACGAAGAAGUACGACUGCUGCCAUGAGAUCUACCCGGACAUCACCUACUUCUUCAUCAUCCGAAGACUUCCCUUGUUCUACACGAUCAACCUCAUCAUCCCCUGUUUGCUGAUCUCCUGCCUCACUGUUCUGGUUUUCUACCUCCCCUCAGACUGUGGAGAAAAGAUCACCCUUUGUAUCUCGGUACUGCUGUCCCUCACUGUUUUCCUCCUCCUCAUCACAGAGAUCAUACCAUCCACCUCUCUGGUCAUCCCGCUCAUUGGCGAGUACCUUCUCUUCACUAUGAUCUUCGUCACCCUCUCCAUCGUCAUCACUGUUUUUGUCCUGAACGUUCACCAUCGCUCUCCAAGCACUCACAAGAUGCCCCGUUGGGUCCACUCAGUCUUCCUGGACCUGAUCCCACGAUGGCUGUUCAUGCGGCGGCCUGCUCCAGAUGGCCGCCGCCGUAGGUUGUUGUUACUCCAGCAGGAAGCGGCAGCUGAGCGGCGGCAGCAGGGCAGGAUAGACAGGUACAAAUCAGGUAACUGCCUCAGCACGUCUGCCAACUGGUUAAGGGACGGGACGAUUACAGAGGGCGCUGAGAGAAGCAGUUACGAGGAUUUAGAGCUAGGGACGUUGACGUCAUAUUUCUCCUUUCGGCCUCCUUCACCCAGGCCUCCGGGGUCAACACCUCCACCACCGCAGAAAAACCCUCAGAACAGCCUGAGCCGACAGGAGGGGGCGAACAGACAGGUAACAGGGAGCAGAGUCAACCCCUCUCAAAGGCCAGCCAAAGCAGAUAACACUGUGUCAGACUCAACUUUCCUGCUUUCACCAAGUGUGAUUCGAGCUCUGGAAGGGGUGCACUACAUAGCGGACCAUCUGAGAGCCGAGGACGCAGACUUCAGUGUGAGUAUCAAUAAAACAUCACGAGAGCGAUACUGAAAAGAGACAGUUUUCUCACGUUCCCGUAGUCCUGCAGCGGUUCAUUACUUAAUGCAUUCACUCCUGUCCAGUGUAUUUAGAGUCCUGUUUGAUCCUCCAGUGUCAGUGCCUCACCAGCUCCUGUGCGUCUUUAAAUCAUACCAGCUUGUAAUUUAAAGAAGCACAGGGGUGGAUUUACAGCCAAUGGUCUUACACCAUGGUUACACUUCUGUCAUGGCGGUCAAAACCAUAAAAUUGUACCGUGACUCUACCCCAAGUCAGACAUGACAGACUAAGUGAUGGUCCGUGAGCAGUCAUCAAGGCUGUUGAAGGAACAGGUACUGUGGCAAAAUGACACCCUGCUCUCAUUGGCUGAUAUCACAGAUGUGAGAGAACAAAAUGUUGGAGGUGGAGAAAAAAGUCAAACAUGCUACAGUUUUUAUCAAGAGGUUGUAAAAUGGUUCAAAUUGACCCAUUCAAUAUGAUGUUUUGUGAUUGAUAAUUCGCUGUUAUUGUGCUGGGAAACAGGACCUUAAAUCAAUAUCAAGAUUUAUUGGACAUUAGACCUUAACUAAGAUUUGUGAAUGAUUAUUUUUGGUUUUGUGAUUUUAAUUUUUGUUGUUGCUUUGCCCUCACUCUUUAACAAGAUCUGUCAUGAGCAUAGACUGUAUAUAGAAUGGACACCGUCUGUCCUCUUGCUAGGUAAAGCCACCACAAGAACAGCACCCUCUGGUGAUGGGCUGCAGUAUAGGUCAUAAAUCUCUUUCGGCAAUUCCUAUGAGGCUGUGGACAAACUUUAGAAACUAAUUACACAGAAUAUAAACUUUUCUCCCCCCUGCUUGUGAUGUUGACAUGUAGUUACUGUAAGACUGGUUUGUGCUCAAGGCCUCUGUACAACUCAAUUUUAAACGUUAUUAGGGGGUUCAUGUUUUCUAUGACUGACACUUGAUACAGCCUAUGGACAUUCGAAGAUUGUGUAGCUCACCCAGGGGAUACGCUGUUUGAGCUGACUGUCAUCACAGCGACUCUCCCACCUGAAAAUACCGAGAGCUUUUUCGCUUUAAAUCCGUAAACUGGAGGAAUACUAGAACCAAGUUGUCCAUGGUAUAUACAGUCCAUGGUCAUGAGCCUCUGGAGAAAUAUUGUUCAAAAUUACAGCAACCUCAUUUUUUUUUAACUGUAUAUCAUUGUCUUCAUUUCUCAGCUGUAAAGUUCACUCAUCAUUACAGUCAAUCACAGCGGGGGACUGAUUUAAUUUAAAGAGUUUUGAGAUCACAUUUAAACACUUGCCCUGCACUCAGAGGCAUUCAUACACAGCUAGUAACAGGUUUAACAUGCAGAUAUUUCCCUAAGGAGUUGGUUGAGACCUAAACCGAGUAAAAGAAGAAGCAAUCUUGGAGUAGCAUUUGCCAUACGGCUUAAGCAAUAUUGCAAAGGGAUAUGAAUAAGGCUUUACAGCUGUUGGAUGUGUAAAUAAAUAAAAAAGUAAGACUUGCAUCAUUUUAUUAUUAUUGACACCAUAUGAAAAUAUUUACACCCUUAACACUUAAUCCUCUCUCCUUUGGUUUUAUCUCGACACAGGUCAAAGAAGACUGGAAGUAUGUCGCCAUGGUGAUCGACCGCAUCUUCCUGUGGAUGUUUAUUAUUGUGUGCCUGCUUGGGACCAUUGGUCUCUUUCUCCCCCCUUGGCUAGCUGGCAUGAUCUAACUGGUGUGAGAAUAAAGUCUAAAAAACAAAAUCACUUCUAGUAAGUGACUUUUGACAUUCAAAUGUAGCUGAACUUCCUGAAUGAGAAUAUGACUCAUAAUCUUGAUUACACACAGCACCUCAUUUCAAACCCCUCACACAGACCAAAAUGUUGUUUUUUUUUUUUUUUUUUCAAAUGCUUUAGACAAAGAUUUGAAGGUUUAUUCCUUAUAGAGUGGCCACUAUUAUUAAAUAUUAUUAUUAAAGUCAAGCAGAAUCGGGUGACAUUUUUGCACACAGCAGCUGCACUGUCAGCCUCAGAUAUGCUUCCUCAGUCUCUUCUGUCUGUAAGGUAACUUUACACUGACCUGUUUGUGUUGGACCUUGAACUUGAGUUUGCAGUUGUUGACAGAAUUGAACCAGCCAUUGUUUGUUAGCAUGCUUAUGUUACUUUGUAAGGUCUGGCAUGGUAGCAAUCAAAUGUUGAUAGGCUAACAUUUGCACACUGAUGCUAGUUUGUAACUGUGAGGUAUUGUCUCUCAGGCAUGUUAAUAAGUGUAACAUGGUGGUCAAAAAGCGUGAGCAGCCUCAGUGUUGUUCAAGGUUUAAUUGCUGUGAGUCAUUUUUAAAAAAUAUAUAUUUAAAGGAGUAAGGUUUAAAAAGUGCAGUGAAGAAAUUGCAAAGCGUCAGUGGUGGGAUGGUUUCAGUCGUGUAUCUUUUUGGUUCAUGUCCAAGUAUGUGGCUUAUGUUUGUUUGUUUUAAGUAACUCCACGCACUCCGGAGCGAGCAAGCUCCCAAUGUGCCAAAAGUCACCUGGAUGCCGGAGGUGACGUCUGUUCAUAUUCUCAAAUGCAACACAUGAUGAAGAUAAAAUAAUAAAAUACUCAGAAACAAUGGCAGUUACUUUUUAUCUGCAGAAGUGAAUUUGUAAGUGACGGAAGUAUUUAACUUGCUCUUAAUGAAUUAUCAGACAAUUUCCUGUCACACUAAUUUAUAGUUUAUUUUGUGAUUACAGGGAAAUAUUCAGUUGAUUUCUUUGUGAGACAUUCACGAGUUUUUUUUUUAAGAUUUUAAAGUUAUUUCUAAGUCUCUAAGCUGUUUCAUUUUGUUAUGAAUAAAGUCAUGAGAAAAUCAAGUUGUAAUUAGGCCUACUUUAGAACAACACUGUUGUAUCACAAAAACAAAGAAAUGUUGAAGCCAAACUAUGAUGAGAAUAAAGUCAUCGGGCCCUAUUUUAUCUGUUUUCGUGCCCACCAGCAGCACGGCGGAGAGUGGCGCACCCCACGCAGUGGUAUUUUCGUCUGGCAGAGCCCGGCGCACAGCCAGUUUGGUAUUUUUGUAGACUAAGGCGCGCCAAGGUCCACCAAGCUGGGUGUGAUGGUGCGGCAGGGGGAGGUGUUGACAGAAUCAUUUGGCGCAGUUUUUAUGCCCGCCGGCGGCAUGGAAAGUGCGCUGAAAGCUUGCCGAUUCAAACCUGGUCAGCUUUCAGUGCAGGCAGAGUGCAGCUAGUCUCGUGGUAUUUUAGUAGACCAGCAGCAUAGUGCGCAUACGUCACUGAUGCCUAAGUGGCAGGUUUCCACAGUGUUAGGCACAUUUCAGUGCAAUAAAAAUCAACAACAAACAACAUUCAGUGCAACUAGCUGAGUCAGCAGGUACAUUUAGAUCUAUAUGGAUAUUCUGAUCUAUAUCUUAUAUGAUGAAAACGUUUGGCACACAUAAUGGAUACUUAACCUGACCGAAUUAACACAACCUAAACCGCAUUUAAUUAAAUAUCCAGUUAAUAGUCACACAUGAUGGAGUGAACAAGAUAUUUAAUUUGUCCCCUUUUCUCUCUUCAUAAGUUAAUUACUAAAUACCCUUCAAACUAAAAGUUUAAACCUUUGGCCCUCCUACCUCCUCUCCUCUCCUUUCCCAUCCUUGCCUCUCCUCUCUCCUUCACUUGGUCCUCAUUUUCUCUCUCUGCAGUAAAAAUUUGAAAGACGGAAAGUUCAGGUAAAUAAAACAUACAAAGAUGAACCACCGUGUAUGUGAUUCAGUGGAAAUAAGAUUAGUAAACAUGUAUUGACAUGAACCUUUUUCCUGUGAGAGUUAAAAACCUUUGGCCCUCCCACCUCCUCUCCUCUCCUCCUCUCUCUUCAAUUUCCUGUCUCCAUCAGUAAAAUUAAAUCAAGGAAAGUAUAAGUACCAGAAAAAAACUACAUAUGAUGGGAAUAAUAGAGGUUUGCAUUUACUGAACUAUGAUAAAAAAGUACAUUUUCCUGUGACAGUUUAAAACCUCUGGCCCUCCCACCGCCUAUCAUGUUAGCUUAUUUUAAGUACAUCUUCAUGAUUAUGCUUGAUUGAUUAUCCAACAUUUCAAGGGGAUUUUAUUGAAAUUAUUUUCAUAAUUCAAUAAGAAUAUUCAAUAUAGUUAAACAGUUUGACAAAUCUUAACAGUUUUCUUUUAUUUGCUCAAUGGUUUACAUCAUUAAUACUUUUCUUUACACUAUAAAAAAAAAUCCAAAAUUCUCACUUUGCCUCCAAAAGAUAAGUCCUGUGCUGGUAUCUGGUACCUGGUCUCUGGUCUUUGGUUGGUCCUGUCAAAUAAAAGUACUUUAAUGGACUUAGUUUUGAAAGAAAUUCUCAAUUGAGAUUAGUUCAGCAGUGGCUGCUGUGAAAUAUGGGACUGAUCAGUGGGUUUGAUUGGAUUCAAAACGAAACAACCUCUGAAUGUUUAGGUAGCAACUAAAAAAAUGUUAGUUUUGUACUGAGAAAAUAUAGAUUUUACUUUAAAUAUACCAAAAAUAGUGUUCAAGUAGUAUAAAAUUACAUUUUGUUGUAUUAAACACACUGUAAUUGGGUAAGUUAUGUGUUUUUCUUUUGUUUUUUUUUAAUCAAAUAUAAGUGUAGUUGUAGUCUCAAUGUGACAAUAUGACACCAACAUACUGUUAGCAACUAAAAUGACUGCAGGUUACAUAUGACAAAAACUGCACCACAAAUCAUUCAAGAAAUCAUUUCAUUUUAUUAAAACAUGUGCUUACGGCAGCUUUGGGUUUACUACUUAUAUGAAACGGUGUGGAGGACGCUCUCUGCAGCGCUUACCGCAACACUUGUUGAGGGGCUGCCUCCUGUCGCCAUCGUGUGGCAUUCCUGUCUGCAGCCAACUCUUGAUCUCUUCCACUGCUUAACAAAAAUUGUAAUAUGCCUCGACGGUGGCGGAUUGUAAGGUGAGGAGAGGAGGUGAUGUGAUCUGUGAAAACAGGUCUCGGCUGUGUUAAACCCACUCCAUGCCUUAUCCCCUCCCUCUCGACAACUUACGCCACUGGGAGGAGCUGAGUUAGGGAGGGGGGAUGCUUGCCCGCCACCUAUGUCGUACCACGCUGCCAGUGAGGCACAAAAAUAGAGCCCAUAAUAUAAUGAGAAUGAAGUUGUUUUAAAGUCGCAGUUUUGGUUUAUGGUGAGCACACAGCUGAGUCAAAAUGAGGAACGUGGAGCAUUUCUUACUAAACUUCUUACACCCCAACAUCACAGUACUGUGGGACUGAGGACUCAAUUGUCCCUAAUGUGAUCUUUCUACUUCAUCUUAUGUUUGGCUUUUGUACAUGAGCUGCUCUGUCCCAGGUCUGCAGCUUCAUUGAUAACUUUUACAUUUAUACAAACCUACAGUGCUUGAAAUUUCCACUUUGGGUCAUCCAUCUGGAGUUGUCAUGAGCAUAAGUAAAAUUGAAACUCUAAGAAAGACUUUUUUUUCGACCAAAUGAACAUUGAGUGACUGGCAGCUUUAAAGCACUGGCACAUAUAGAAAAGUCACAGUCUGUAAAAGCUGAAUUCACAGUCUGACAGAUUGAAAAACAGUAUUUAGUCAAACUGAAUUAGAAGACCUUUUUAACACCCUUUUUAGGUUGGACAGUGGCAUGCUGUGCUAGCAACCUGUAGUAACCACAAUGAACACUCAAACUUGUGCUGAUUUGGAAAGAAUUUCACUUGUCUUCUUUAUUUUCUGACUUUGCUGCCAUGAUUGUAUUUAUUUCUGAUGGUCAAACUACAAAAUAAAUUCCUUUAUGAAGAAA